CAAUCAGCAUGACGCGGGUGAACCACGGGGUUGAGGAUAGCCUAUAUAAAGACAGCUGACAAAUCAGCCAAAGCCAAGAUCGAACAGGCUUUAAAAACGUAGGAUCACAAACUGUGCCUAGUUUGCUGCGGAGAACAACGAACCAAAACCAUCUCUACAACGAUGGAAAUUGGGAACAUCUCCGCCGGCGCACAGAUCACAUCCAUCCCUGUUACGCACCAGGUCAGCUAUUCCCCCAUGGAUGGUCCCCAGUUUCAUGGUAAUAUGGACGGGCAGUGCGCCGGGUCCUCCAAAGUCUUACUGGCUUACAAAAACGCGUCGCAGCACUUGAGUUCGUCGGGACUUAAAGCGGGCUUGGGGUUACUCAAAGUGGCAACGUCUCAGUGGAAACAGGAAAAGAAGACGCGUUCGGGGGCAACAGUGAGGCAACUGUCCACUGCCAACAGCAGCCAUCCCUGCAAGAGAUCUCCACUGGAUCAGCUGGCAGCUUUGGUUCUCCAUGGACAAACCCGGCAGCGCCAGAUUGGCCAAGAUCAGCGACAAGAACCCCUUUCCUCCACUAAGCCACAGAACUGUAAGCGCAUCGUGGUUCUUGGUGCGCCACGGGUUGGCAAGACCUCCAUCCUGAGACGAUACCUUCGGGACGGAUUUGUUGAGGAGUACAAUCCCACCUCUGAGGAUUUCCUCAGGAAAUUGUUUCGUAUCCGCGGAGAGACCUACCAAAUUGACAUCCUGGACGCGUCCAGGGAAAGGGAUUUCCCAGCCAAGCGGCGGCUGUCUAUCCUCACUGGGGACAUUUUUCUGCUAGUAUUCAGUCUUGAUGACCGGAGCUCCUUUGAUGAGGUCUGCGCCCUGCGGACGGAGAUUCUGGCUGCUAAAUCCAAGCUCACCAAAUCCUCCGUGCCAGAGCAGUGCGCACAGCCGCAGGUUCCCCUGGUGGUCUGCGCCAACAAGGUGGAUCUGGUGUCAGAGAGAGGAAUAUCUAAGGCAGAGGUGCUCCGAGCCCUCGGCGAUGACUGUACCUAUUUUGAAACGUCUGCGAAGGACAGCACAAAUCUAGAGAAAGUCUUCGAGACGUUGGCAAAGCGAGGCGGGCUUCCGACUGAAACUGGCCCGUCUCAACACCGCAAAGUCUCCCUCCGUUCGUACCAGGCAAUGCGGACGGGCCGUGUGACGGGGAGAGGGAGCCAACCCAUGGGGCGCGAUGAUCCCUGCGGUGCCCUGCAUCCACUGGCCCGACGGCCAAGUUUUAGUACAGAUCUGCGUCAAGUCAUUGGGCCACAUACUGCAAGGAAGCCCGGCAAAGCACUGGAAAAAUGUCAGAUUCAAUGAGAGACAAUGAAGUAUGAUACAUGAGGGUUGAAGAGCGAAUAAAACAAUGAAUAGAGCACUGCUGUUCAUGGUGAUAUAAUGCAUUGUUGUUGUCUAUGGACUUGAGAUGAUGUUUUCAAAAUAAAAUAUUUUCU